GCGACAAAGCGACUCGACACGUGAGGAGAAGUAUACAGCUGGUUAUUUUAUUUACUUAGCUCCUGGAUCGCCAGUGUAGUUGCUAGUUUACUGAUCUCCAUGGAGAGAGAUGACAGUUUUGAAUAACUUGAUGUGCUUCUGUUUUUCUAAAAAUAUGCAUCAUGGAAAUGAAUAAAAACGUGGAAAUAAUUGAGAAACAGAAGUCUAGCUUUGAAGACAGGCAUCUAAAUGAUGAGUCUCUGUCGGGCAUGAUGGACUUUCUCAGCAUUGAUGUGGACCUGAGCUCCAGUGCGUCAAACAGAGAGGAAACAUUAUACUCUAAAAAUGUAAUGCGAAAGCAGCGGAACUGGGAGAGGAGACUGGAGGCAAAAAAGAGCAAGAGGAAAGAGGAAAAACAGAGAAGGAAACAGAACCAGCAAGAUAAAGCAGAUGUUGUGUCUCAGCUCAGUAAACGUGUGAUCAAGGCUAUCACAAGGGAGCGUCUAGAGGAGGCGAGAGCCGCUGGACCUAGACUGUGUGUAGAUCUCAGCAUGAGCGACUGCAUGUCACACAAAGAAAUCAGUCGUCUUGCCGGUCAAAUCAGACGCCUCUAUGGGUCCAAUAAGAAAGCCACACAGCCAUUUCACGUCUUCCUCACAGACAUGAAAGAAGACAGUCUGCUUUAUAAAGAGUGCAUCAGAAUGAAUGAAGGCUUCCUGAACUACUUGAUUGAUGUCACUGAGGAGAGCUGGAUAGAUCUUUUUCCUUCUGAGGACAUCAUUUAUUUAACUCCAGAUGCGAGUGAAGCUUUAGAGGAAGUAAACGGAGACAAGGUCUUUAUUCUUGGAGGCUUGGUCGAUGAAAGCAUUCAAAAGAAACGGAGCUACACUAGGGCAAAAGAGCUCAGGGUGCAGAUCGCAAGGUUGCCCAUUGAUGAGUACAUGGUGAAAAGACCAAACCCCAAGAACUUUCACUCAAAAAUCCUAGCCAUCAACCAAGUAUUCGAAAUCCUGCUGACUUUUCGUGAUACUGGAAGCUGGAGCAAAGCCCUCAGUGCUGGAGUUCCCACAGGAAAAGGAUAUGUUGUGUCUUCAGAAGCAGAGGCAGAUUUAACAUGAUGACCAAUAAUCUGUAUAACAUGACACCCUCAGGAGGACAGUUUAGACAGAAAUUUCACAGGCCUUUGAAAGAGAAUUGAGAAAUGUUUCUGCACUGAUCUUUAAUGUGAAUUUAAAUCAUUAAUAAUGCUCAGAAUCGACCGAGUUUUACAGCACUGACCAGAUUAAGAUAUUAACACAGUUCUUCUGUGAACACUACUGUUGUCACUAAGCAUGUCUUUGUUCGGUUUUCAUAUUUCUGCUUUAAACAGUCAUUUAAUUUAGUGUGGGUGAUGGAAUAAACUUAGCCAAUUUCUCAUUACACCUGUUAGUUUGUAAGUAGAACUGCAGCAACUCUCCAGAAUGUCAUCAAUGUUUUUAAUGAUUAUUUAAUUCAUAGGGUUUAUUUUAUUUUUCUUGCACUGAUUUUUUAAUCAUAUUUAUUUCUAUGUAGUCAGUUAAAAUUACUGUUCCUAUUCAUGGCCACUAGAUGGCGCACUUAUACAACUGUGUGACUCAGCAGUUUCUUUCAUAGUAUGUUGUUUUACAAUAAGGAGCAAGGAGAAAUUAACUGAAUAAAAUUAAUCUUCAUUAA